CAAAAUAUCACCUUGAGUUAUGUGCGUGCUUCAAAGUAAAAUGUGCUUUGCGCGUUACAAGUGACCGCCUGGAGUUAUGAACGCGUUGAUGGAUAAUACUAGUUACCGUAACGAAGCUAACAACUGCGGUAUUGUAAGUGCCACUUCAACCUCUGAAGAUGAUCAGCUGAGCUUAUGCUGUCUGUGUGGUCAAACGUUUCCAAGUAUCAAGUCCCUUCAUAUGCACAUUAAUGUUGUACACGAAGAAGUGGCAGACUCUUUUGAUUUUCAGUUAACAGAUGGUGAAAACGACGACUCUCAUUCAGUCACCUUAGGAUCGCGGAUCUCACUGUCAUCUAGUAGUGAGGAAUUUAUAUCCAAGCCUGAAACUCCAGUUGUUUGUCCGAAUUGUAAAAAGCCGUUUCCUGGUCUCACAAGUUUGCGAGUUCAUAUAGAUUCUGUACAUCAUGGUAAUCGAAUACCUCAAUGUGAUUAUUGCAUGAAAAAGUUUUCCACAUUAUCCUACCUUCGAAUGCAUAUUUCUACUGUUCAUGAAGGUGUCCGUGCAUAUUCUUGUAAUAUCUGUGAGAAGAGUUACACUCAAAAGCAUUCUUUGAAAAAACAUCUUAGAAAUUCUCAUUCAAUCUCAUCCAGUCAAGACAUACUAGAUGAUUCAGGACCAACUAAUGGGGUACCGAAUAAAUCUAGUCAGUCUGCAUGUUCAAAUGAAAUGCGUACUUUUAAAUCACGCAAAAGGUUACUCGUUGAUUCUCCAAUCAUACCUAAUUCCUGUAGUCCUAUUCCAUCUAGGUCGAAUGAAGUGAACGGUCCUGUUUCAUUGGAAACUAAGAAUCGCCAAAUCAGUUGAUGACAUAAAUGUAAGUCACAAUGAUUUUCUUAUAUUCCUUGAUGUUACUUUUGAACAACAUUAAAUAAAACUGUUGUGGUACGUGGUUUUAUUCAGUACAAUUACAGUUAAUCAAAUUUAUACGCAAUUUUUAUAUAUGAUUUACGAUAAAGGCUCCAUUUUCACAGAACUUACAACUAAUAAUUACAUGAUUUUAGAGGUUUCUCAAUUUCAGUAAAUGCAUCUUAAGCAACGUCAGAAUAAAUCACUUCAUCUCAAUGGAAUUUUCUAGUAUUUCAAGUCACCUAAAUUUAUAUCAAACAACUACAUAAUCUACUUACCUAACGUUUAACAACAAAUGAAGUGCAUAACUGUAACUUGUCACUUAACCUUGUUAAUAAUUUAUUGACUGCUACGUAUUUAUGAGUAUUUUGACAAAUUAUGUCUCUAAUUCGCCUAAUUUAUGAUGUACUCUUCAUAUAAGGUUAUGGCUGCAGCCUUAUUUUGUAAACUUAUAUGUUUUGUGUCAUCAUAGUUUUCCAUCAAUUCAAUGAUAAAUUACGUAGUUUUCUGUACUGUAUAUGGAUCAAUUGAUAUAUUUUGGGUUUUUCUUUUCCCUAGACAUUCGAUUAACAGAUAUUCCUUCCGAUAAAACUUUCGUGCAACUUUUUUGUAUUUAGACGCAUAAAUAACCAUGAACCUCCCAAUCUUCAAGCAGAGUAUUUUUAUGUCUACCUCAUCAAUUAAACUGACACCUACCUCAGUUUAUAUGGUCUCCAUUAUUGCAUUUAUAUAGUUCAAAUGAUAACUUUUCAUACCAAAAACCGGUUCGCUGCAGAUUUUUUUGAGUUUUUUAAAUUUGGUUUUCAAACAAUUGAUUAUUAACACAUUCUUUGUAUUAUGUACUAAAUCCAAUACUUUUGCUAUCUGAACACUGUUCUUUAAGCUAUUUUUGGACGAAAUCUUAUCUUCAUCUGUAUUCGCGAUCUCAUCUAAUGCUGAAUUUUUUUCAAAUAUUUUUGGACUUUGUCUUAUUUCUCAAUGCUUUGUGACGAUUGAUAUAUAUAUAUAUAUAUAUA